UUUUAAUAACAAGGAAAUUAAAGUCAUUUUUUUGAACCUUUGAUACUAUGAAAGUCUUUAAUUAAACUACAAUUUAAUCAUUUUUCAUGUUUCCAUCUGGCUCAUUUCCGAUAUUGUCGGUUGCCGCACUGGAUUUUUUGUUAAACGUUCACAUCUCUGAAUGUUUAUUGAAAAAAAGUUAAAUUUCUAGACGUUUUUUCAAUAAUAAAUUCCUAUUUCAAGAAUCAAAUAAUAGAGACAUCUCAUUAAUUAAUUAUCAAAAAAUCACGAAUGAUAGGAAAAGUAAAAAAUCGUCAACAAAAAUGAAUGAGCCUGGAUUAGAUCGUCGCAGUCUAACUCCAUGUCUUGAUGAAAAUGGAGUUGAUGAUGAAAAUGCCUGCAUGGAAAGCUCAAAAGAAAUUGAAUUAUCUGAUAUUUCUGAUAUUGAAGACUGGAAUAAAAUAAGUGACGGAGCAAAAGCAAAUGGUAAUGGAUCAGCAUCUAAAGAAGCAACAUUUAAGAAAAUAACACAAAGCACUCGCGAAAGAAAUUAUCGUGAUAAUAUUCGAAGAAAAAAUGAUAACAGCGGCCAAUUUUACCAUCGUCAGACUCAUCAGCCUUCUUAUCGACGUUUUGACAACAAAAGACGUGAAAUGGAACGAUACAACGUAAGAAAUGUUGUCGCUAGUCGUGACUUCUCGAUUUCUAAAUCACGUAGUAGAUCUCCUCGAAUUGCAAACAUUGCAUCUCGUCAUCGUUCGAAAUCUUUUUCGCCAAAGCGAGAUAUUUACAGAAGACGAUCAAUAACACCAACGCAUUACAGUUCGAAUAGAUACAAGUCACCGAUACGAAGACAAUCGUCAGUAUCGAAACAUUCCAGAUCACCAUCAUUUGAACGUUAUCAAAAUUACAAAUACAAAAGGUCGCCAACACCUGAACCACCAAUGCGUAAAAGCAGAAGUCGACAUAAAUCAGACAGAAUUCGAACAAGUGAAAGAUCAUCUAAACGGAAGAAACAUAGGACAAAAGAUCGUCACAGAAAGCAUAAGAAAUCUCGAUCUAAAUCAAAGCCUCAAUCAUCAUCACCUUCAAUUUCACCCGAGCCUGAGUCUUCUUUACAAAGUGCUUCAAAUACAAGGCAAAUUAUGAAUGUUGCAAGCACAAACCUUCCCCAAGAGAAUAUAAAAGUUGUGUUAAGAAACGAGGAAGUCGUUGGAAAACGUUCUAAAUUUAAGAAACGUGACAAAAAGAUGAAGAAAGAAAAAGUUCCUCGAAAAGAAAUUUUGGACGUAUCAAAUGAAAAGCGUCAAAAGAAGCAUAAAAGAAAGAAGGUGAAGAAUAAACGUGAGCAACGUGAACGUGUUGAAAUUAAAGCACCUGAAACUCCACCUCUUAUGAAAUCAAGAAGAAAAAGUGAUAUGAAGCCAAUCGCGAUCAUUGAUUUGGAGAAAUCACCGGGAAAAGAAAUGACACAAUCACCAAAGGAAGUUAUAAUACUUUCAGAUAGCGAAGGUGACGGAAAGAAACGCGAUGGUGCUUUAAAAGAUGUCAUUAUAAUUGAAGACGUUCUUCUAGAUAAGAACAUUUUAAGUCAAACGCCGGGAUCUGCUUCGACACCUGUACCUCAACAACCAGUUUUAAAGUUUGCACUCAAAUCGAAAUCAAACAUUUUACCUUUUAAUCUUCUUCACGAUCAAGCCGAAGAGAUUGAAGAACAAGAAGGGAGUAACAAUAAUAAUAAUAAUAAUAAUAAUAAUUCGAACAAUGUCAACGAGUCAUUGAGAAGCAAUCAACAGAAAGAUCAAUUAGAAAUGGCAAACAUUUCAAUGGAGGAUAAAGGUUCGAAUCAAAGAGAGGCUUAUGAUCCAUUUGAGCCAACAAAAUCGGGAUCAACUUCACCUGUCACACCACCACCACCAAAUGAUGUUUCAAGCUCAAGUGAUAUGAUGAUGAAGAGUAAAAUUGAGUCACCGAAAGAAAAGAUUUUAUCAACAACACCUUUGAAAGAAACUACUCAGAUUCCUGGCCUUGGGACGGAAGAACAUCUCAUAUCAUCAUCUUCUGUAUCGAUUUGGAAUCGAAAGGAGUUUGAUAAGAAACAAAUAGUUCAACAACAGCAGCCAACUACACCGCCUCUGCCACCAACUUUCAGUAUCUUCUCGGGAACAGCAACAACAGCGAAGCAACAUGUGUCACUUUAUGAAGGAAUUUAUGGAAAUGAUCUGAAGACGCCAGUGUUGCCAAGUCCCGCAAAACAAAGCAUGAAAUCAUCUCAUGAACAUAAUAAAAGUUUGAAUAAAAAUAAUAAUAAUAAUGACGAUGAUGAUGAUGAAGAUGGAAGAACUCCAUAUUCACCAAGUUCUGAUGGCUACGAUUUUGAACCACCGCCAGCUGCCAACACGAAGCAUGAUGAACAACAAAUGAAUGAUCCAGGAAGUGGAAGUUCUUAUACAUUCAGUAGUAAUGACGAUGCUGGUGGUGGCAUUUUAAAAAGUGGUCCUAUGAAGCUUACAGCAUCAGCACUGAAGACUUUCAAUAGUACAAUGAGAUCAACGGGACCUGUUGGACUUCAAUUUGUCAACAAAGCUGAACUCAGUAUAUUUGAGAAUUAUCUUCAACCAUCACAGCAAAACUCACCGCUUGUUAAACGACAAUCGUCUUCAUCGUUUUUGAGAUCAAAGAUAAGUCGAUUUACAAACAGUUUAAAUGAAAACGGUUCACCAGCGAUGACUCGAGGGUCAAUUAAUUAUCACGAGCCUAUAAAGCCUCCAAUGAUUGACGACUCAAUGUUGGAUGAUGAAAUACCCAAUUCGGCUGUUGAUUUAAUUAACAAGGAUAGGUUCCUUAAAAAAUCUCUUCGCAUUGAGAGAGUAGCGGAAGAAGUGAAAUUGGUGCUGAAACCACAUUAUAACAAAAAGUAUAUAACGAAGGAAGAAUACAAAGAAAUUCUUAGAAAAGCCGUUCCGAAGAUUUGUCACAACAAAACCGGUGAAAUUAACAUCCAAAAGAUUCAUGCACUCGUCGAGGCUUAUAUCAAAAAAGUUCGCUACAAAAGAAAAGCUGGUCAUAUUGCCAGCUCCAUUUAAUCUCGUAGCGAUUUAUUUGUAAGAUAAAAACAAUUAACUUCCUAACGAAAUAUUAAAAAAGAAGGAAAACAAAAAGUUUUUCUUUUUCUUUGCAAGCACGAAAGAAUUUCAGAAAGAAUGAAAAUCUUUUAAAACAAAUCAACGACUUUAAUUAUAAAAGAUGUGUUGUAGAAUAUUUUAUUGAUAAGAAUUAUUAAUUAAUUAUUUCUAUUUCUUUCAUAAUUUACUAAUCAUUGAAUAAAAAAAAAGAAUGAAAGCAAGUUUUCUUGAUGAAUUUAAUAAGAAAUUUUCGGUAUAUUUACUUAAUAAUUAUUUGUAAUUAAUGAGGUGAAAAU